UUGUUAACGAAUUAUUAUUAUUUACAUUAGGGUUCCAUGCUUUGUAUACAGUUCUAUGAGUUUUGUCCAGUGCAUAAUGUCAUGUAUCCCCAUUACAGUCAGUAGCAUAGAGAAUAAUUUCAUUGCCCUAAAAAACUUCCCUGAACUCCAUCUCAAAUAAUUUCUUUUAAAUUAACACCACUAUAUGGUGAGAGCCUCUCCCUCCUCGACCUCCUUGGCCUUCAUGAAAAUGAAAUAACCUUUUAUCCCACCAGCCCUUUUUCAUUAGUUGUGCAUCUGUCUCCUGUAUUUGUAAGGUCAGCCACCUGUUCUCCUGAUAAGCUUCCUAAAUGUGAGUUUCAAGGAACUAAUCCAUAUUCAUAUACUCAGAUCCAGAAUCCAGCUAGUGGCCUCUUUUCCUUGAAUUUAUCUUUAUUGUCACCUGCUGUGUUGGGGCCUUUGACAUGUGCCGAUUGUGGUUCCCCUGCUUGGGAUGGACUGCAAGGGAUCCAACAUGAAGACCGAGCCUAGGAAACAGACUGUGAGCAUUCCCAGGACAGGACCUGGGCUAAGAAACACAAUUUUGGAGUGAGAUGGAAGGAGAAUGAAAUCUUUCUAGGAGCAGUGAGGAAGACAGAAGAACCGCUUGGGCUGGUAAAGCCAUCUGCCAGGCACUACUGCCACCAUGCCCAAGAGAAAGGCAAAAGGAGACGCUAAAGGUGACAAAGCAAAGGUGAAGGAUGAGCCACAGAGGAGAUCGGCACGGUUGUCUGCUAAACCUGCCCCUCCAAAACCAGAGCCCAGGGCAAAAAAGGCCCCUGCAAAGAAGGGAGAGAAGCUGGCCAAAGGGAGAAAGGGGAAAGCAGAAGGCAACAAAGAUGGGAACAACCCUGCAAAAAACCGAGAUGCCUCCACAGCCCAGUCACAGAAAGCAGAAGGCACUGGGGAUGCCAAGUGAAGUAUACUUUUUUGAUAGCUCUGUACUUCUAAGUGACUCUACUGUUUGAAAUACUAUUUUUUUUUUAAAUCAAAUUUUGUAAAGACGUAGAUUU